GCUGAGGGCGCGCAGGGAGGAUGGCGGCUCGUGGGAUGGGCUCUGCAGUUUCCUGGGGACUGGAGUCCGCCUUCCCUGCGCCCACUACUCGAACUCGAGGAGGAGCGGGGCGGCCGGGAGUGGAAGGCUGUGGGUAGUUGUCUGAGGAGGGUAGCUGGGGGUUCUGAGGCCUCUGGAGGAGGCGUGACUGGUGCGGCGCCGAGCAGGUACUGCUUGCGGCUGUGGAGACGCCCGUUGUUGACCAGCCCGAGCGGGGGUCUCUUUUUCCUCAGCCCUUAGUGCGGGGGUGGAGGUGUGGAGUAGCGGCCUGCGGGCCUCUUAGAUCCCUGACCCCCAGAGCUGCGAUGCGAUCUUGUAGGAAUCGGCGACACCGCCAGAGCCUCGCUUUCAAGUUGCUGUUCCCAAACUAAUGUUGUUGAUGAUUCUCUCUUGUGUGCUCUUAAAUUGUAGUGCACAUGUUGGCAACCGGAGACUAGUAAGAUUAAUUUAAUAAUCUCUUCUUCUUAGAAAAAAACGAGUAUUUAUAGUCACUUAGAUUGUCUUACGUGUUUUUUUGUUUCGGCUCACACAUAAUUUAUUGAGGGGUUACUAUGACUCAGACAUGGUUGUAGGCCCAGGGAUAGGGCUGUGACCAGUACAGACAAGUUUUUUGCCCCUUAUUUUCGGGUUAGAGAAGUGGGUUCUAGGAGAUGGGAGUGGGGUGGGGAGACACGAUAAAUUAUAUAACCAAAGAUAUUUUCAGAUAAUUGCAAAGGCAGGGUGAUGAAAUAGCAAGUGUCUGAGGAUAGGACAACGAAGAUUUGUGGUCAGAAAAGACUGCUUAUGAGGAGAUGCCUUGAGUGGAGAAAAUCUAAUAAUGGCUAAAUUCAGCUAUGUUACAGGAAAGGCGUCCUGAUUCAGACCCCAAAAGAGGGUCCUUGGCUGGGCGCGGUGACUCACGCUUGUAAUCCCAGCACUUUGGGAGGACGAGGUGGGUGGAUCAUGAGGUCAAGAGAUUGAGACCAUCCUGGCCAACUUGGUGAAACCCUGUCUGUACUAAAAAUACAAAAAUUAGUUGGGCGUGGUGGUGCAUGCCUGUAGUCCCAGCUACUCGGAGGCUGAGGCAGGAGAAUCGCUUGAACUGGGGAGACGAAGGUUGCAGUCAACCUCCACUGCAUUCCAGCUUGGCGACAGAGGGAGACUUCCUCUGUCCCAAAAACGUUCUUGGAUCAGGUGAGAAGGAAUUCAGGGAUAGUAAUGAUGACACUGAAGAUGUUUCCCUGUUUGAUGCAGAAGAGGAGACGACUAAUAGACCAAGAAAAUCCAAAAUCAGACAUCCAGUAGCAUCAUUUUUCCACUUAUUCUUUCGAGUCAGUGCAAUCGUCGUCUAUCUUCUCUGUGAGUUGCUCAGCAGCAGCUUUAUUACCUGUAUGGUGACAAUUAUCUUGUUGUUGUCGUGUGACUUUUGGGCAGUGAAGAAUGUCACAGGUAGACUAAUGGUUGGCCUACGUUGGUGGAAUCACAUUGAUGAAGAUGGAAAGAGCCACUGGGUAUUUGAAUCUAGAAAGGAGUCCUCUCAAGAGAAUAAAACUGUGUCAGAGGCUGAAUCAAGAAUCUUUUGGUUGGGACUUAUUGCCUGUCCAGUGCUGUGGGUGAUAUUUGCCUUUAGUGCACUCUUCUCCUUCAGAGUAAAAUGGUUGGCGGUGGUUAUCAUGGGUGUGGUGCUACAAGGUGCCAACCUGUAUGGUUACAUCAGGUGUAAGGUGGGCAGCAGAAAGAAUUUAACCAGCAUGGCUACUUCAUAUUUUGGAAAGCAGUUCUUACGACAAAACACUGGAGAUGAUCAGACUUCCUGAAUAGAGAAAACUUAAUGUGCUUUGUUACAUUGGGGAACAACUGAAGAGAUUCUUGACUCUGAACCUUUUAGAGCUUAGUCCAUGUUGCAACGAGGAGUGUUGGCUUUGUUUUUCCACUUAAAAACUUUAUUUAUAAAAAGGAAAAGUAGUUUUCAUGUUAAGUUUUUAUUUCCUUUCCAGCAUUUGGGGCUAGAAAGUAUAUGUUGGCACUAGAAACAUUGUCAAGAUUUAUUCUGUGGUGUAGGUAUGCACAUGUUCCAUAGGUAUGCACACAGCCAUGUAGUAUCAGUAUAUCCCAAGUUAAUGAAAGUGUUCAUUUACAUAGGUAAUGGAGACCUUUGCAUUUUGAUCCAUAAAACAUGGGAGGAUGUUCUUAGUCUGUCUCAAAGCUCUAUGUGUUUACAUAUUAUUUCUGUAGAUGAUUUUCAGGAGUAAAUUUUGCUUCCAUGGUAAGAGUGAGCACUUUGGCUUAUGUAUAAGUUAGAAAUUAUUGUUAGUUUUUAAUAUGUACUUCAUGGGGAAAUUUCUUAGACAUAUACAAGCAAGUGAAAACAAUUAGGGCCAGUGGUAUUAACUACUUUCUAAAAUCUUAUUUUUAUUUGUAAGAAGUCAUUUACUUAAGGCCCAAUUAAUAUAAGUGGAAUCAUCAUCGUUUGUUUAAGGAAUACCCAGAGAUUGCUGCUGUUCUAUUUAUUUUACAGAAAGGAUAGCUAGAUUGAAGAAAGCUCUUCAGUGGACCUUGAGCUAAUAGAUCUUUUACCACUAAAAGAGCAUUAUUCUCAUGUCAUAAUGAGAAUAAUCAUUUACAUACUUGGCAUAAUAAAUGCCUAAAAGACAUUUUAUUUUCUGAAUCUAUUUUUUUUCUUGCUAUAAUGGGGAUAUUGUAAAUUAUGCAUUUGUAUUAAUGGUAUUUCUUAAAGCAUUCUGUGUAACUGUAAACCAAUCUACAAACUAUUGUAGGCAUUUGUAAAUUCUGUUGUAGGUAUUAUAAACUUUGUUGAAGUCUUAAUCAGCAGAUUAUGUUGUGAAUAUAUUUGUACAUUGUUAAAAUAGUUUUUAAGAUUAUUUGUUUAAUUGAAUAAGUGUCUUAUUGGAGUGAUAGCUUUGAAGGUGCAAAACUUUAUAUUUGUAUAAAAUUCUACUGUUUACAAGGCAUUUGACAUGUGUAAUCUCAUUUAAUCCUCAUGACAAAUAUGUAAUACUUUAGAUGAUGUAACAGAACUUCCGGUUAUUGAGUGACUUUCCUAAGGAAAACAGAUUACAGGAAUAUCUGUAGGAUAUAAAACACGAUAUAUUAGUAUGUUUAGAGAAAAUAUUUGCUCUAAAUGCCUUUUCCUUUCUUAAAAAUUAAUAAUUUGUUAAGAGCUUGUUUAUUUUACUUAUACUCAGCUGUUCUGUCUGGUGAGAAGAAUUGAUACUGCACUGAAGACAUUUUAAAAUUUAAUCUGAAAGAUCUAACCUAAAUCUUUAGGGUUGAGAGUCUAACAGAGGAUACAUUGAUAUAGUUCUUUUAGAUAACUGUGUUAUUUGAACUAUAAUCCUAAACCAAGUAACAACUGAAUUUUAGAAUAUGCAUGUGGCAGGAGCUACCAUGUAUUCCCUAAUAUUCAUUUUUCCCCUUUUAUAGAUUUACCACCUAAUUAGCUAGGGCAUGGCAUCCUGGAAUAAAGAUAACCUUUCCCAAAUUUUAUCGCUGUAUCUUGGUGUGGCCACAUGACCGAGUUUGGGCCAAUGGAUACAUUUCCAGGAAGUAUCCUUAAAAGGAGGAGGCAUGCCCAUCCCUUCCCCCUUUUUCCUGAAAGGUAGACACAGUGCAGGAACUAGAGCAGCCAUCUUGGACUAUGUGGUAAAGGCUUCGUUUUGUGAAUGGCAGAUAAAUGAGGUAGAUACUGUCUGAAUCCCAUCUUGUGUAUAGCAUCCCUGAACUGCUUGUCUGAAUUUUUUUUUGAGACAGAGCUUUUGCUCUUGUCGCCCUGGCUGGAGUGCAGUGGUGUGAUCUCGGCUCAUUGCAACCUCUGCCUCCUGGGUUCAAGCGAUUCUCUUGCCUCAGCCUCCCUACUAGCUGGGAUUACCACCCUGCCACCACGCCUGGCUAAUUUUUGUAUUUUUAGUAGAGAUGGGGUUUCACCGUGUUAGCCAGGAUGGUUUCUGUCUCCUGACCUCGUGAUCCACCUGCCUCGGCCUCGCGAAGUACUGGGAUUACAGGCGUGAGCCACCGUGCCUGGCCAGCUGUCUGAACUUUUAAUAAAAGUGAAGGGAACUAUCUUCUUCAA